AUGUGGAAGAUACAAGUGAUUAUGAUUUGGUUAAGUUUCCGUUGUAUUUUCGCUAUGGAUCAUUACGAAUUAGUAGAAAAAGUGAUGAAGGGAUGUUUGGAUGGAAAUAAUUCUUUAGUAACUUGCUUAGCCAAUAAAACAGAAAAACUGGUCGAUCGAUUAGUGGAUAAAGACGUUCCUUUAUUCGAAGGAAUGGUUUUUAAGAGAAACAAAGAAAUCGUUGAGCGAAGAUCACUCGGAUUACAAGACACUUUAUCGAGGUUUUUGGAUUCUCAUACAUUAACAUUGGAUUUAACCGAACCUCGCGGCCUAAGAGAAGGUGAUAAAGGAAGUGGUGGUUUUAGUGAUGGAUUUGGAAAAGUUGAUAAAAAAGAUAAGAAAUAUCUUUAUUAUGCGUUAACGGCUAUUGCUGGUAUUUUUGGAUUGUCGGUUCCGUUGGUUUUGAAAGGGUUAGCUAUUUUAGCUGGGAAAGCUUUGUUGGCUAGUAAAGCUGCUUUGAUUAUUAUUGGUUCAGUUGCUUUGAAAAAAAUCUUUCAAACAGAAAAAGAGCCAGUUAAUGUUCAUACCCAUACAGUAAGUGUUGAUGAUCACGAUCGAAUUUCUGCAAUUAAUAAUGGUGGUUAUCCUUAUCAACACUAUCAACCUUAUCAUUCUUAUGCUCAAUAUUAA